AUGAGGUACUCACUUAUUGCCACUUCCAGCCUUCUUGCCACUGUUUAUAGUCACGGUCUUGUGACAUCUAUCAAAGGAGCAAACGGUGUAGUGAUGCCCGGACUUAGUGUUGCCGACGGUACGCCCCGAGAUUGCAGCUCCAACUCCUGUGGGUCACAGGCCGAUACAGCAAUUAUUAGAGACCGUGAGAUAACAUCGGGCAAGGCGAAUGCUCUGGGCAGGACCCAAGGUAAUGGACCCAUCGACGCCACCGCCAUGAUCCAGAGUUUCAUGGGAGCAGGCACAACGGUUCCAACCAACAAUGGUUCUGCUGCUGCCACCGGACUGGGCGAUUUGCUUUCAGGUCUUACCAGUGGUCUCACUGGUGGCCGCACUGGUGGUAAUAAAGCUAAGACCGGCGCGGGCAGCAAGACCGAGACGCCUGAAGAAACCUCGGUUGCCGCUACGGCUGGACAGGGUGCCACAUCGGGACUACCUACAUGUGCGGAUGACGGUUCAAUCACCAUGACAUUCCGACAAAUCAACCAAGAUGGUGCUGGUCCGAUAGAGGCUGCUGUUGAUGGAACUUCGGGUGGUCAGGACCCUAACGCGUUUAAGACUGCCGAAGUAACUCAGGAUGUUCCGGGUCUAGGGUUCCUAGGACUAUCCGCAGCUAAAAAUACAGAUUUUCCCUUGACUGUACAGAUGCCCGAGGGAAUGACUUGCGACGCUACUGUCGGCGACGCUCAGAACGUCUGCAUCGUGAGAGUUCGGAACCAAGCAAUUGCAGGACCGUUUGGAGGUUCAGCGGCCUUUACCCAAUCCCCUGCUGCACGCAAGCGGGCAAUUACCUACCGUUUGAAGAAGCGUAACAACGCCGGGCAGAACCGCCGCCUCAGAUAA